GUCGCUGUGAGGCAGCGUUUCCCCGUGUUGUUGCGUACUGGGUUGUAGGCUAAACGAAAGUAAAAAUGAAAAUUAAGUGCCAUUAAACUAAUCGCGGGAAGAAAAACUAAUGUAAGGAGGCUACCGGAAUCUCUGCAGUGCACCAGUCUUUAAUGAGUUCAGUUUGUGGACGAUCUGUGCUGCCCUUCUGAGAAAAGCACACUGCUGUGUAGUGCCAUACUGGCUUGUCUCCCAACUCAUGGCUUUAACGUCUAUUUUACUGGUUAUGGUGUACCACUUGGUUUGUGAUGGAGCGCCCUUGCCUUUGGUUUUUAAAAAGAAAAUGGGAGACUCUGUCACUCUCCCCUGUGACGGCUCAGCGUACACGGGGCCCCGGGCCGAUCAGCCGGACGUCCUGUGGCAGACGGCCGAGGGGGAGAAAGUGGCUCACUACUCCCAUGGGACCCUCAGCGUGAGCCUUCUCUUUGAGCAGAGAGUUACGUUCCCCACAGACAGGAUUCGGCAUGGAGACUUCGCCAUCACCAUCAGCUCCCUGGUGUUGAGUGAUGAGGACAGGUACCAUUGCGUGUGGAGCAAGGGCGAGAAGGGAGAGAAGCUGCUCCACGAUGUGGAACUCUAUGUUCUGGAACCCUCCUUUUUGAAGAAUCAGGCUGUCGCAGCGGGGGACCCAGUCAUGCUGCCCUGCUACAGCCGUGUGCCCAAAAAGGCGCGUGAGGAUGAGCUCUUCGUCCAGUGGAAAAAAGGCCAUGACGUCAUACUCAAGCUCACCUCGGGGGAGUUCACUUACGGGAGGAACUACACAGAACGGGCGACCAUGUCCCUGGAGAGGAUCCGACAGGGUGAUUUCUCCUUGUCCCUGAGUGUUGUAGGUCCGCACGACAAGGGAACUUACCAGUGCUCCAACGAGAGGAACCGAACCAUCAGUUCAGCCGACCUCACUGUUAGUGAUCACCAGAACUGGGUCGUUGUUGAAACUGGGAGUACUUUCAACCUUAGUUUACCCAGAGUCCCCAUGAAAUUGUUUUUCAUGGAUGAUGGCACUGAAGUUCUAGUGUGUAAGAAAUUAUGGAUCCAUGCCAAAUGUGAACCGGCCUACAGUGAUAGGUUGGUGUAUAAGCAGGGCACUCUCCUAAUGCACAGAGUGAACCCCAGGGACGAAGGAAGAUAUACGGUGAGGGAGUAUUACCAUGGCGUCUUCAUCAAAGAAGUCCACCUCAAGGUCUCCAAUGAUUUUCCACUAGUGUUUUACAUGUGCUCACUGCUUCUGUCGGUGUGUCUGAUUGCCCUGGUGAUGAAGAAGCUCAGAUGGCACCCCAAACAGAUGCUUGGAUAUUGGAAAUUUUGUCUCUCAAUCAGAUAAAUUUUCAUUGCCUCAUUGAAGUGAACGGAGACAAAAGAGGUAUUUGUGCAUUGUUUUAUUUUUACAUGAACUUCUGCUUUUGAUUUUAUGCUGGCUUCUUUUACUUGCCUACUCUAUUUGGAAGUGCCUGCUUUCUGUAUACUUUGUAGCCCUCAUUUACUCAAGUGCUUCAUUGUGGCAGUUACCUCUGUUUGCAUAUGUGUGUUUAAAUGGUAAAUGGCUGGAAUUUAUACAGCGCAGUGCAAUUGAUUUUCUCAUUCAUGCAUACUCGCACUCACACACCAACGGCUUAUUGGCUGCCAUACAAGGCACCAACCAGCUCGUCAGGAGCAUUUGGGGGUUGGGUGUCUUGCUCAGGGACACUUUGACACACCCAGGGCCUGAGCGAACAUCACCCCCAUGUUUAGGGACACAAUAAAGACUAGUUAGGCCAUCUCACACUGCACUGUAUUUAGACCUGGGUUGGGUUAUCAUUGGCCCCCGGACUAAGGAUUGCCCAGAGUUAGCUUAUCCUGUGUUCACACAAGUAUUUGUUCACACUGGGCUAAGUGCUCACACUGGCUAUUUUGGCGCCGUGCUAAGGGAUAUUUCUGGGGGUAACCCCAAAUAGUAGGUGGUAACCAUCCUCCGGAGCAGGGCUCAGCUAGCCCGGGGCUAAAGUUGGUGCUAGCCCAAUUUAGAAUGUUCAAGUGUGAACACACACAGUUGGCCCUGAAUAGACCUUCCUAUUCACAGCAGAGCAUCUAGCACUGUGCUAUAUUUGAACAUUCCAGCAGUCACUGGUGACACUAUGGGCCAGUUUCACAGACUAAUUGUAGACUAAGUUAAAUUUUCAAUUCUGAUUCUCCGUAAAAAGACUUAGUCCCGGACUAAACUUAAUCUGUGUCUGUGAAACCCCUAUGAUUUCUGCUCGUCUUUAAUGAGGUCUGGAACAUAGAUGAACUGACUCCAGGUCAGCAGUGAGUAUGUGGACAUCUCAGCACUCCAAGCCUGCCUGAGGCUUUCACAGUGACCUGGUUAACCCUUGUGUAGCUUAAUUGAAUUUUAAACCCCAAACCUAUUUUGCAUGAAGAAACAACCUGUCACUCAUCACAAACCUUGUCAAAAAUUUCACAAGGGUUAAGAAUCUUCACUUUAGUCCAAAUUCAGCUGUACUGUGCCCUUGAUCAAGAUCCACCUCCUUGGCUGCCGUAUAAAUGGAUUGUAUGUUAAGGAUGUCAGCUAUGUCUGUCACUCUGAACGACAGCGUCUGCUAUGCUGUAAUCUAAUUUAUGUAAUGAGAACAUGAUUAAUGUUAUCAAUGUCACUUCAGGCCAUAGGAAUGCUUUGGUAAGUGGUUGUAAAAAUGGAAAUUAAUGUAUUGCACUUGUAAAUAAUCCUUUGCAUUCUUGGUGUGAGGGACUAUGAGCACAAAGUUUUGAUUUUAAAAAAGAAGAAAUGCAGAAAACACGAUUCUUUUCCUGGGGAAACUGACAGGCCCAGAUACCAGCAUUAUUGUUCCCCAAGAGAGCAAAGGGCCUGGGAUUCAAUCAGCUGCUGUCAUUUUGUCAUUUGUCAACUUUGUCUAACAGUUAAAAGCAAGAAUGACUUAUUUGUUUCUUCACAAACAUAGUGAGUUCAGCAGUUCUAACUUACCACGCAGAGUCUGUGAAGGAAAAGAGUUCAAGCUUUUAUAAGUCAAUGUUAAGGACAAAUGUUUAUUUAAUACCACGCCAAGGAUAUAUCUGGAUAAUGACUUUGUCUCAAAGCCCCUGGGAGUGUUACAGCAGACAGAAGCUAGCCUGUGAUUAAGGUUGUCAUCGUCACCAGCUUGUGAUUGAGGUUGUCAUGGUCACCAGCCUGCGAUUGAGGUUUUCAUGGGUUCCCAUGCUGUAGCAUUUUCAAACCAACUGUAAACUGCACGCACUUCAGUCUCGCUAAUAUGUUGUUGACUAUUUUGUUCUUUUGAAAGAUAUUCUGAAAUAUGCAUUCUAAUACAUUAUCUGGAGGCUCUCCAAUAAUACAUUCUGUCCAUUAUCCUUCUGAGAGCAAAGUGGCAAUAAUAUGUAUAUUUUGCAAUAUAUUUAUGUUUUAUCCCAUACAUGUUAUCAAUACAAUAAUUUAAAUUAUUGGGGUUUUUUUUAAGUUGGUAGUCGGAUAUUUGAAUAUCAUUGGAAAAUAUUAUCUGAAUUUGUGUUCUGUUCAAAAUCAAGAUGGCAAAUCAAAAAUGGCUGUCCAUUUAUGGUGUGAUUAUGUAAAUUGUAACUGUGGUGAUAAUAAUGUUUUGUUUAUCUCUUAGCUGUAGAAUUGUUUUCUGUUUGUUUUGUUCUUUAGAGUUUUGGUGACUUGUUAAUUUGUCUGUGUGUGUGUGUGUGUGUGUGUGUGUGUGUGUGUGUGUGUGUGUGUGUGUGUGUGUGGUGUGCGUGUGCGUGUGCGUGUGUGUGUGUAAUGUAUUGCCUAAUACAUCUCUGGAUUCCUAUUAAAAUGUUUUUUUUAAAUGGUAGCUACACUGUCCUGAUGAAGGCUUGGUAGCUGAAUAUAUCUAUGACAGAAUAAAUAGAUUAUUGGA